UGGCAUUUCUGCAUGGCACCCGAGCCCGAGUAAUGAGUGUAAACUCCGGAAUAUCGGGAACAAAAGCAACCCGUGGACGCUUUCCUUUGUGCUGAGGAAUUAACACCUUUUCAAAGUUAAAUCCUCGGAUUGUCCCGCUUCUACGGGAGGUGGUAUUAAAAUGCGCCUUCAUAACAAAUGGCUGCGAGUUGUCGGAGCGGCUUUUCUGGGUUCGUGGGCGGGGCGAGAUGACACCACAAUUAAAGAUGAACUUUGUGUGAACUAAUUUAUCUGACCCAAGGUAACGAGGAGGCCGAGACAGGAGGGAAUGUGUAUAAAAGGCUGCAUGUAACCCAGAGAGAGUCAGACACGAGAGAAGACCUGUGCAUGCGCUGCUGUUCCUCGGUUGUUUUUUAAAAAGGUGCGCGUCAUGGGUCUGUACACUUUGUUGGUAACGUUGCUGUGUACGGUCGUGCUUCCCGUGCUGCUGCUGUUAGCCGCGGUGAAGCUGUGGCAGGUUUUGGUGAUCCGAGGACUCGACCCGAGCUGCACGAGCCCCCUUCCCCCGGGCACCAUGGGUCUGCCUUUCAUUGGAGAGACGCUGCAGCUCAUCCUCCAGAGGAGAAAGUUUCUGCGCAUGAAGCGUCAAAAGUAUGGCUUCAUCUACAAAACGCACCUCUUCGGGAACCCCACGGUGCGCGUCAUGGGCGCUGAGAACGUGCGCCAGAUCCUGCUCGGGGAGCACAAGCUGGUCGCUGUGCAGUGGCCCGCCUCUGUCAGAACCAUCCUCGGCUCAGACACGCUCUCCAACGUGCACGGGUCUCUGCACCGAAACAAGAAAAAGGCGAUCCUGAAGGCUUUCUCUCGGGAUGCUCUGGAGCACUACAUCCCGCUGAUCCAGGAGGAGGUGCGGUGCGCAGUCAGUGACUGGAUGGAGCGUGAUGCACCUGUGCUCGUGUACCCAGAGAUGAAGCGCCUCAUGUUCCGCAUCGCCAUGAGAAUCCUUCUGGGCUUUGAACCCGAGCAGAUCAAGAGGGACGAGCAAGAGCUUGUGGAGGCUUUUGAGGAAAUGAUCAAGAACCUCUUCUCUCUCCCAAUUGACGUCCCAUUCAGCGGCUUAUAUCGGGGCCUCAAAGCACGAAAUUUUAUUCAUGCAAAAAUUGAGGAGAACAUCAGGAAGAAAAUCCAAGAUGGUGACAAUGAGAAUGAGCCCAAGUACAAGGAUGCUCUUCAGCAGUUGAUUGAAAAUAGCAGGAGAAGUGAUGAGCCACUCAGCAUGCAGGCGAUGAAGGAGGCAGCAACUGAACUUCUCUUUGGCGGUCACGAGACUACCGCCAGUACAGCAACUUCUCUGGUGAUGUUCUUGGGACUGAAUCCAGAGGUGAUUCAGCGAAUCCGAGAGGAGCUCGAAGAGAAGGAGGUUUCAAGCAUGUAUUUGCCUGAAAGAGCUCUUAAUAUGGAGCUGCUGGAACAUCUCAAGUACACUGGCUGUGUCAUAAAGGAAACCCUCCGAAUUAAUCCACCUGUGCCUGGGGGAUUCCGUGUUGCACUUAAAACCUUCGAACUCAAUGGCUACCAGAUUCCCAAAGGCUGGAAUGUCAUUUACAGCAUAUGUGAUACCCAUGAUGUUGCAGAUAUCUUCCCACACAAAGAGGAAUUCCAGCCAGAGAGAUUCAUGGCUAAAGGCUUGGAAGACAGUUCCAGGUUUAACUACAUCCCCUUUGGAGGAGGAGCCAGGAUGUGUGUGGGAAAGGAGUUUGCCAAAAUGCUACUCAAGAUAUUUUUAGUCGAGUUAACACAGCACUGCAACUGGACACUUUUGAACGGACCCCCGACAAUGAAAACGGGUCCAACUGUGUAUCCUGUGGACAAUCUUCCCACAAAGUUCUGCCGUUACGUCAGUAAUUAGCGCAUUAAAUCAGGCAUGAACUGUUGGCAUGGGAAUUGUACAGAUAUACAUGUAUAUAUUUUAAUUUUGUUGAUGAAAUGUAAUGUAUGAUACUUUAUAUCAAAUCUGUAUAUAAUUCCAUUCUUUAACUAAGGGCACUACUCUUUUUAUGAAUCACUGUAUUUCUUUGAGGUAUAUGAUGUAUAUUUGUAAUGUAGUUUUAUAUAUAUAGAUAUAUAUAUACAUAUAGUGUGUUCUACUGAAUGCAACUUAAUUUAAAUUUAUGAUUUGAUGUAUGAGCUUUAUUUAAUAA